AUGAAAAGGUUAGAAAAUGUGCCCGAUGAGUUGUUGAUACAUAUAUAUACUUAUUUACCAGUAUCACAUUUAAAAGAAUUGUGUCAAAUAGCUCGUUUUGCACCCACUGCUCAAAGUUUUAUAUUUUUGAAUAGCAAGCUAUAUCUUCAAAUCGAUGGUGACGAUAAGAUUGCGCUGGAGCUAGAGACAUAUAGUGAAUAUAGACCGGAUCCUGAGUCUUGCUUGGUGGUGAAUGAUGCAGAUAAUUGGGACCCGUGGUAUAAAGCAAAUGCAUCACGGUUUCAUAAGUAUAAUAUGGUUAUAAAUUGUCGGGGCAUGAAAAAUGUUGAAUCGGUAUUUUUGCAGUAUCGAGACAUAAUCAAUAGGAUUUUUGGUGCUAAUAAGGAGAGAGGUGAUAUAGAUGUGGAUCUUGUGUUUAAGACAAACUCUUUUGAUUUUGGGCCCUACGGCUGUCCUGGGAUAAAGACAUUAUUUAAAAAGAUUAAUCUUGAAGUUCUUGUUAAUGGUGGGAUGAAUAAAAUAAGGUAUUAUUCAUAUUUGUAUACUUGUUAG